UAAUUUGUAAGUUUACAAAACUUAUAGGUGGGGCUUGUAGGUCUAUUAUUAACAUGACUUGUAAAUAAACUCACUUCACACUUUAAGUCUUGCUCUUGGUCUCUUACAAUGGCUGCCAUUCAUCAAUGGCCUAUGCUCUUCUUGCUUGUAAUGCUCUUCCAUUUAUGCUGCUCCCACUUAGCAAGAGAUCAGAAGCAGCUCUUGCUAGACCUUCAUAAUGAUGCUAGGCGCUCACAGAGAAUCCCUGAUAUGAAACUAAUGGUAUGGGAUUCCUCACUAGGAGCUACUGCAGAAUCAGCUGCCAGUGGGUGCACUAAAAGUCCAACUCCUCAGAGAGUAUUGUUAAAAGCUGUUGGUGGAGCAUUCAGUUGGGUUGGUCAGAAUCAGUACAUUCUUUCAGUGGCAGACACAGUUAUUACUAACUCAUCAAUAAGGAAAACAUUUGGAUGCUGGCUUUCUGGAAAUAGUACUUGUUCAUGGUAUCAGAAAGCUCAAAUACUAAAUCCUCAGAGUUACCUAUUUGGAUGCGGUGCAAGACUGUUCACUAAUAGUGAUCGUUGUCAUUCUAUAACAUCAGGCAUCAAAUUUGCGUGUUUCUAUUCACCAGGGUACAUUUCCAAGACUAACAUCAUCAAUAUAAAUCGAUGCCCACCUGAUGCAAAGUUUACUGUUAACAGUCUGUGUUCUAACACAACUAACCCACCUGUAAUACCCAUUGAUCCUGUUGAUCCACCAAGUCCCACACAAUCAAUUGUCUAUUGGGCAACUCCAUGUUAUGGUAGCCUUGGUGGUGGGACUUUGUUAACAAUUCAUGGUCGUGGUUUUGCUGCUGAUCAGUUUAAUGAUAAAGAUCCUAGUUUAGGCAACAAGGUUGUUUUCUAUGACAAUUUUAGGAAAUUUCCCUGCAACGUCAUACCUUACUAUUCAUCAACUGAGAAGAUUGUCUGCAGAACGAACCCAUACCCUGUUGCUGCUAAUUUCAAGCUUCAAGUGUUUGUCGAUGGUAAACUUGUUCAGAGAAUAUCUGCUUGUACUUUUAAGUAUCGCUGGUGGGCCACUCCAACCAUCACUGAUGUUAGCCCUCCAGCAGGCGUUAGUCCUAUGAUAGUCUCUCUGUAUGGAAAGAUAUUUGCCUACAAGAUCUCUGAAUCUCAAGAUACUGAUGAUGAUGAAAGUAGCAAUCAAAUGAUUGACAGACUCUCUGUUGCUGGGGAACUCUGUGACCCUUGGAAUGAAACAUCACCUUAUGGUGGUAGUACGGAUAUAUAUGGUUUUGGUAGUGUGUCUUGUCAGCCUGUUUCUACUAGAAUUGCCUCGAUGAAUGCAACAAUAGUGUUAUCACAAUUUGGAAACUCCAUUGUUCCUGUGGAAAAAUAUUCAAUUGAUAAUAGACUGAGACGAUAUCUAUUUCAAACACAUUCUGAUAUAACUGGAGUUGAGCCAAACUUUGGCAGUCCUAGUGGUGGUACUCAUAUUACGAUAUAUGGUAGGAAUUUCUAUCCAAACAGUCCUCUGGAUGUACAAGCAUCUAUCUCAGGUAUACCUUGUAAAGUGAUCAAUUAUACAAGUAAUGCAAUUGAGUGUAUCACGGGAAAAGCUCCAACAGAUUCGAUGCUAUAUGAAGGCUCACGUGGUCUUUUAAGAGAAGUUUGGCUAAAAGGCUAUACUAGAGAUCUUGAUAUAAUUGAAAAGAGACCAGUUGGUUGCUACAUGAAUUUAUCAAACUGUUCUAUAGAAGAAAUUGCUCUACUCUCACAGGAGGAUGCAUCUAAAUAUGGAGAACAUAUUUGGUUUAAUCAACGACUGAUAGCUUUCUUUGUACCUCCACUGGAUAGCAAGUAUUCAUUCAGUUUAAUUGCGGACGACUCAGCAAGAUUAUACAUCAGUCCUAAUGCUUCUUCUGAAGCUAAGAAACCAAUAGCAUUUGUAAAGAGGUUUUCUAGAAAUUGGAAUACUUUCCCAUCACAGAUAUCUGAUCCGAUAUACUUAAAAGCUGGAAAGUCGUAUUAUAUUGAGGCCUUACAUGAGCAAGGUGGAGGUAACUGGAAGAUUGGCUUUGGUGCAAAAGUCCACAACUUAUCUUGGAAUUCUGACAUUGGAGUGGUAGACUAUGAGGAACAGGAGAUAUUCAUCAAUUCAACCAUUGUCAAAGAAACCCAGCUCAUAAGGUUUGCCAUUAAACCAGCCAUUCAGUUGCUUCAAUUCAACACAACUGGGGAAUGGUUUGCAUAUCUUCUCUCGUUUAACGGGAGCCUGACACAAGAGCUAUCAUCUGACGAUAAUGCAACAACAAUCGAACAAUCACUAAACGAUUUAGAAACCGUCAAGAAGAUAGGGAAAGUGUCUGUUAGGCUGAAUGUAACUAAUGAUAGCAUGAAGGUUGUCAUCAUAAUAGUCUCUAGCUUCGAAAACCUCCCAUUAAUUAAGGUCCUCAAUUACACCAAUGCUUCAACUAGACUAUUACAAAAAGCUUGGUUCCCUCCAGCCAAUUUCACUUUGUCUUUCUUCAAUAGCUCAAGAAUGACCGGACCCCUCUCUAUUAAUACCAACGCUAGCAAUCUGUCAAUGGAGCUAGUGAACAUAUUCACCACUACAUGUCACACAUCAGAUGCAAUGGAUGUUUUCAUUAAUGACACUUACGAUGUUCGUGGUAUAACUCGGUAUUCUUUUACUGGAGUGCUUGAUAGCAGAAAAGAGCCUUAUUGUGGGCGCUACAGCAUAAAGAACCCUUUCAUAAUAUGGAGAAAAGGUUACACGAGAGAUGAGAGAACAAACAAAGCCCUUGGGAACUUGAUUCUUUCAAGAUUUGGAUGGAAAUAUGUAUGUUUUGCUUAUAGUGGCCCUGUUCCUUAUUCCAGAUUUAAAGUGGUUCUUCUCAUUGAUUCAAAACAAGUUCAUUACAAUAUCCCAUUGACCAGCAGUGCACACAUUAUUAACUGCUCUUUUGGUGGCGAAUGGAAAUGUCAGUGCACUGAUCUGUAUCAGAGGUUGAAUGAAUUGGUUGAGCAGCAGUCAAGGAAUUAUUAUGUGACCCAGAUAUGCUUUGAUAAAACUUUGAUUGAUUUUUGGGUUGACAACUUCUUUAUAUCAUCAGGAAAGCCAAAAAUGAUGAACCAGUUGAAGCUGGCAGUAAGACCAAAUGGUGUAUUUGUCAAAAGCGUUGACGUAACUAAAGUGACUCAAGACUGGCCUUCACUAUACUGCAGGAAUGAGAGCAACCCAUUCUCGUGUUACAUAUACAAAUCAUCAUUCAUUGUACAGUUUAAUGUGCUUGACUGUGGGCAUAACAUGACACUCUUAGGAGGAUCUCCUAAUCACACAAUAGCAGUCGAUAGACUUUUGUCUGGAACUCCACCAGUCACUGGAAGUUUUGAUGUACAUUUUGAAGGGACUACUAUUAGGAACAUUCAAGCUGACUAUAAUGCCACUCAACUCAAAGCUCUACUAGACAAAUAUCUUCCUAAAGAAGGACCUUUUGAAGUGAGUUCAUCAGGUAACUGUGCUAGACCUUCUUGGAGCAUCAGUUGGACUGAGAGAGGAGGGGACAGGCCGUUAAUGAGUGUCAAUGGAAGGAAUUUGAUUGGAAACAAUGUCAGUGUCCUUGUCAUUCCUUUGGUUGAUGGGGGAGUCUGGAUUAGACCAUUGAGAGCCGACAUGCUCAGAGUACCACAUACUGAACCACAGGUUCAGGUAACUAUCAAUAAUAUCCUAUCAUCAUGUUUGAACGAGAACUGUAGUUUCACUUUCACUAAUGAUAGCAUCUCGAGUUUAUUUUCUGUACAUCCUACCACUGGCAAUCAAGACAGUAGCCCCAUCACCAUAAGUGGAACUGAUUUCCCCAGAUAUUCAACCGAUGUCACUGUUACUAUUGGUACCCAAUCAUGUGACAUACAGUCAAUUAAUAGCACCACUAUUGUUUGUAUACCUGAGCCUGGUGUAGCUGGGGUCUAUGAUGUCAAUGUUUUACUUGGCGAUAUUGGAUAUGCACUAACUAACAAUGUUACAUUCCAGUAUUUGCUAAGAGUUGAUUCUGUACAGCCUAAUGAAGGGAGUAUUGGUGGAAGUAACCUUGUCACUCUCUCAGGUUUAGGAUUUCCUGAACCCGAAGACAACUCGUCUUUAUUAUCUGAGACUUUUUAUGUUCUCUUUGGUGAAUACCCAUGCCUUCCUGUCUCCUCUAACCUGACAAGUCUAUCUUGUUUAACUCAAGCACACAAGCCAGGCAGCGUCAAUAUUACUAUCCUCAUCAAUGGAGUAACAACAAUUGUACCUAAUGGAUAUCUGUAUAGCACAGCCUCAACUGCUCAAAUACACAUGGUUGUACCAAAUAGUAGCCCUGCUAAUGGUGGAGCCAUGCUCCUUAUACUUGCAAUGAGAUUGGUAGCUGCUGAUGAUUUGAUUGUCUCAACAGGCAAAACUAAUUUCACCCCUAUAUCAGUUUCUAGUACACAGAUGUCAUGCUAUACAAAUCCUACUAGUCCUGGCUUGUAUGAUCUUGAUAUAAUUAGUGUCAGUACAUUUGGUAGAGCAUUAAAUCAUUCUCUUGUUGAUCAGCCUGAUGAAAUCAUAAAGAACUCAAGGACGCUUUUAGAGCUACUUAAUGAUGAUCUCCUGGCAAACCACACGAACAUUAUCACUAUUUCUUUCACUUUUGUAUUUGAUGUGUUGAGUAUUGCUCCAAGUUAUGGCUCUCUGUUUGGUGGGACUGAUCUGACUAUUAAAGGAUCAGGUUUUGUUGGAAAUGUAACUGUCAUCGAUGAAGAAGGAGAUCCAUUCUGUCGUAAAAUGUCUUACAAUGAUACUGAGAUUAAUUGCACAACUGUAUCAGUUAGGAAACAUCACAUCAUUGAAAAUAAUGGAACUGAUCCAAUUCUUGGGCCAUAUUUUGCUUGGAGUCCAUCAGUCCUGACAAUAUCUGUUGGUGAUAGAGUUACAUGGCAAUGGACUGGCUCAAUUCUAAUAAAUCCAAGAGAAUUUGAAGUUCAUCAAAAUGAACCAGGUGGCUUUAAAAGCCUUUCCAGCAUUAACGGAAACUUUACCAUCACAUUCACUGAGUCUGGCAUCUUCAAUUAUAGCACUGAUGUGAGUGAUGUUUGCCUUGCAUGUUUCAUGACUGGUAGUAUCAUAGUGAGGCCAUUGGAAUCCAUAGCUAAAAGCUUCAGAGUAGUAUUGAACGAUAGUGGAAUUGAGGCACUCUAUAACUUGACUGGUGAUGAGAGUAGCCAGGCUAUGAAUGAAAGUUGCAAUGUUGAAUACUCUAUGAAGAAUGAUGAUGCCCCUGUAUUUAUAUACAGUGUCUGUGAGACUCCAAUUAUCUAUAGCAUAGACACGGAAAAUGUGACAGUUUAUUCAAAUAUCACUAUCAAUGGAACAGGAUUAGCUGGUGAUGGUGUGAGAGCUCGUUUCGGUUCCCAUAAAUGUGACAUCAGUUAUAAUGACGAUGAUCUGAUAGUCUGCCGGUUAAAUUCAUCAAGUCAACCUCCUCCAUUUGUUCCUUUACCUUUGAAACUUCGUGUUAAUAACAAAGGAUAUGCUGCCAUUAAUGUAGACAUGAAAGAGCCCUCUGCCCUUAAAAUCAAGCCCAUUAUCACUAGCAUUGCUCCAAGUAGUGGGUCUAUUCUUGGAAACACUGUGAUAAUUAGUGGUGCAUCUUUUUUAAAUACUUCCCAUCUCAGAGUGUAUCUUGGCAAUAGAAGAUGCAGGAUUAGAAGCAUUCUUUAUAAUGCAAUGAAAGUAGUUGUGCCAUCAUUAAAUGGUACCAGUGAUAAUGUAACUAAUGUAACAGAGAGUUUCAACAUUACAUAUGGACCAAGAAAAGAAGCACUGUGUGGCAUUGAGGGAGGCUGUACCUAUCAAUACACGAAGGAGAAGACACCAAUCAUACUGAGUGUUCAUCCAGUGAAUCUUAGCGUUACUGAUGUCACUGUUAUUACAAUAACUGGAAAGCUGCUGAGUAAUCGUUCUCUUGUUAUCAUAGGUAGAUCUCAUUGCCUUAAUGUGACUCUUGUUGAUCCUGACACCAUCACUUGUCUUGUUCAUCCAAUGGAAGCUAAUGAUUAUGACAUCAGCGUAUUUGUUCGUGAGUAUGGAUAUGCACAGUUUGUUAACAAAACAAUUAUAACAAGUACCUUGAUUAUUCGUUCUGUUUCUCCUGACAGAGGUAGUAAAAGAGGAGGAACACUUGUGACUGUUUCUGGUUUUGGAUUCAGUACUAAAUCCACUCAUAAUCAUGUAUCAAUCAAUAGCAAGGAGUGUGCUGUAGUAACUAGCAAUUAUACUACAAUACAGUGUCUUACCCCUGACUUAAAUCAAGAAGGAACAUUUGAUUUGGUAGUAUCCAUAAUUGGGUCAACCUCUCAAGGGACUAAGAGAUCAAAGAGAUCGGUUCAAGCUUCUGUUGCAUUUCAGUACAGUUCAUCAAGCACUCCUAAUCUUAUCAGCAUCUCUCCUCCUUCUGGCCAAGUAGGAGACAUUGUUGUCAUAGAUGGACAGUUACUAUCAAGCAAUGCUUCAGUCUCCAUUGGGGGGAUUCCAUGCAAUAUUACCUCUGGGAAUGACACUGCCAUUUCCUGUAUCUUAGGUCCUAACUUUGUUGGUGAUUAUGAUGUUGAAGUGUCUGUCCCAUCACUAGGAAGUGCUGAUGGUGCCAUAUCAUUUCAUUAUGAUCUUAAAGUUGAUAGCAUCAGUCCUGACGAGGGCAGUUUUGCUGGAUACAAUACACUUACACUGAGUGGAGUGGGCUUUGAUCCUACUGCAACCUUUAUCACCAUUUGCAAUGAGUCUUGCUUCUAUAGCAAUGAUCAACCCACACUGAAUAGCAUCAGUUGCAUCGUUCCAUCACUCUCACACUUACUCUUGGAAUCAGUCAAUACUCUUAACUGCAGUGUAUUAAUCACCAGUGCCAGCUCCACUGCAAUGAUGUACUAUGCUCUUAAAAGAGACCUCACUCCUAUUGUUAUUUCAAUAAACCGAACUCGUGGCGGAACGGCAGGUGGUUCUCUGGUAUAUAUUAAUGGCACUGGGUUCACAGGUAGUGGUAGUAUUAAUGUCUCUAUUGCUGAAACCGAGUGCAGUGUCAGGGAAUAUACUGAUACUUAUAUUGUAUGUGAGACUGGAGCCAGUGGGUACACAGUAAAAGCCAGUGUUAUGGUCUACAUAGAAGGCAAGGGAUUUGCAGUAUCCAACUCUGAGUUUUAUUAUGUUGAUUUGUGGAGCUCACCUUACACUUGGGGUGGGGGCCCCCUACCAAUUGAAGGAGAUUUUGUUAUAGUUCCAUCAGGACAGAGACUAGUCUUAGAUAUACGUACACCAGUCCUUAAGAUAGUGCUAAUACAAGGUGGUGAACUUAUUUUCGAUGAUGAAUCGAAUGGAAUAGAGCUCCACAGUGAGAAUAUACUCAUCACUGAUGGUGGUAAACUGGAAGUAGGAACAGAAGAGUCUUAUUAUAAGCAUACAGCACAGAUAGUGAUGUAUGGCCACAGACUAUCAACCGAACUACCAUUGUUUGGAGCCAAAACACUAGCGGUUCGUAAUGGAACUCUAGAUCUUCACGGUAAACCCAUCAGAGAUACAUGGACGUGCAUAACCAAUACAGUAAGACCUGGAGAUAAUGUACUUACUGUAAAACACAAUGUCUCCGACUGGGAGAUUGGUGGCAAAGUAAUAAUAGCAUCAACCAGUUACAGUCAAAGAGAGAACGAGGAGUUAGUGAUAGAAGGAAUCAGCAGUGAUGGGCACUCAAUCACAGUCUCUCCUCCUCUCAACUAUACUCAUAUCUCACUCGUUCAAGUCAUCCACGGAAAGACUAUUGAGACUUGCGCUGAGGUUGGGUAUCUAACCAGGAACGUUGUUGUACGAGGCAACAGGAAUGAAGAAUGGGAUGUAGAGUUUGGUAGUUGUGACGAGGAAUUCAAACCCGGUCAGUUUGAAGUACAGACUUGCUUUGGUGGUCGCUUUGGCAGUGAAGCAAUAGGAGAUGAGUUUGGAUCACAGAUAAUGCUACACAAAGGACCACGAGACAGUAUAAUUGGAAGAAUAGAAUAUGUUGAAGUGACGCAUGCAGGACAAGCCUUUAGACUCGGACGCUAUCCCAUUCAUUUCCAUCUCAAUGGAAAUGUAAGUGGCUCCUACGUGAGAGGCUGUGGCAUACACAAUACGUUUAAUAGAGCUGUCACUAUCCAUGCCGUUGAUUACCUACUGGUUGAAAAGAACGUUGCUUAUAAUAUAAAGGGACAUGCUUAUUUCUUAGAGGAUGGCAUAGAGAUUGGUAAUAUCAUCCAAUACAAUCUAGCAGUGUUUGUUAAGGCAUCAAGCAGUCUCCUUAACGUUGACAUUACUCCAGCUUGUUUCUGGUCAGUCAAUCCUAACAAUACUUUCCGUCACAACGCUGCUGCUGGUGGAACUCAUUUUGGUUUCUGGUAUCGACUACCACCGAAUCCAACAGGGCCAUCCUUUACUACAAGUGUAGAGCCUGUCCAUGGACCAAUGGGACCGUUCUAUAACAACACAGCUCAUUCAUUUGGCUGGUAUGGCAUUUGGAUAUUCCCUAGUUAUUAUCCAGUAAGAGCCAGCACCUGUAGAGACGUCACUCCUGCUGUUUUUGAAGAGUUUCUGGCCUGGCGUAACGUCCGUGGUGUAGAGUUUUCUGAAGUCGGUGCUGUCCAGUUAAAGCACAGUGUAAUGCUAGACAAUACAAUUGCAGGCGUUGAAUAUACUCACGUUGAGUCUGCUUGGGGCAAGAAUGGGGCUCUCAUAGAAGAUGUUUUAAUCAUCGCUCACUCUCAACUGAGGGAUAUAGAUCAUGCUGGACUUGUUAAUGGAGUUGAGGUCUGUACUGGUGCCGGUAUUAAGACUCCAUCCUCUAAUUAUCUGACGGUAUCAAACGUCACCUUUGUUAAUUUCAAUGAGAGUGGUUGCUAUGCCCUGAGGGCUUGCUCUCACUGCAGGAACAAGCAGGGAGGCUUUGAGACUCGUUUUGAGAAACUCAUUUUUGACUCUAGUCCCAACGUUGCCUUUUGGAAGUGGGAGCAUGAGCAGUUGUUCCGUGAUAUGGACGGGACCCUGACUGGUAUCCGUGGUGGGGCUCUACUCCCUACCUCAAACGCCUUACCCUUGAAUCAUUGUCAAAAUCAUCCAAAUUCAUCGUUUGGGCUAGUCCCUGGAUCAGUCUGUGAUCAAACUGUUAACUUUGUGAGGUUUGCAUUGAUAAAUCCAAGACCAUCUUCACUCAAGUACAGGGAUAUGAACCUCACUAGUCCAUAUGGUAGGAUUACGUUAGGUUUUGUUAAGAAAAGGCUAGUAUUUGGUCCUGGUCAUAUGGCAAUCCUACCCACCAAAGUCACAUAUAAGCUUGCAUGGGCUGGCGGAGAGCGCUUCACUAAUUUAUCGUAUGCUUCUUUGUACUCUGCACUCAAUUAUUCUGAUUACUUGUGGAUCGAACAUAAUUUUAGUCAAAGUGUUGAUAUUGCAAACAUAAACAAUGAAAUGAGGACCGUGAGUCCGGCCCUCCCAGCCCCUGGCGUAUCAGUGUUAGGUGACUGGUAUACUGAAGAGAAUGAGACAUUACUCACCUAUUACGUUAAUGGCUCUAACCCAUUCUGUUUGUCUGACGUAAAGGUCACCUUCUCGUCCUAUCACUGUUUCUAUGAAAACUGUAUAGUGCCCACUCCACCGCCUCCCAUUAACAUCACUAUGGGUCGUCCAAACACCACCUAUGCUUGGUCUAAUAGUUCAAUAUGGCCUAACGGGGCCCUGCCAUUGAAUGGCUCUGAUGUGUACAUACCAUGCAGUCUUUAUGUGCUGGUAGAUGUGCCCCUUCCUUUUAUCAACAGGCUCAGUGUGUGUGGUGGGUUAGAGUUUAUGGAUGACAUGGACCAUGUCCUAGAGACUAAUCUGAUACUGAUUGAUGGUGGGCAGUUAGUCGCUGGAUCUGAGGACUCGCCAUUCAUGCAUCAGCUCGUUAUAAUACUCCACGGGACCCUCUCAUCCCCUGAGUAUCGUCUACCUAAUUUCGGACCAGUUCUUGGUGCUAAGGCUUUUGGGGUCUUUGGAUACCUUGGACUCCAUGGACAAGAGCGUCUCAUACUGUGGACACAUCUAGCAAAGGAGGCAAGAGCUGGAGAUAGGACACUGGUCUUAAAGACACCGGUAGAUUGGCUGCCUGGAGAUGAGAUUGUGAUAGCUUCGACAUCUUUUGAAGCAACUCAAGCUGAAGAGCUGACAAUCACAAGCAUCAGUAAUGACAGGCUGACGGUUACAAUAGAUCCUCUGUUAGCUUAUGAUCACAUUGGGGGCAGUAGUACAGGUAAUGGCGAGUGUCCACAUGCAUGCAGUGCUGAAGUAGGCCUGUUGUCUCGUAACAUAAAGAUAUUUGGGGUCCAUCCUAACUCCAGUCAACACACAUCAGAUGUGGAGUCAUAUGGCUGUCGUGUGCUGGUCAGUGGCUAUUUCAAUAGUACACUAGGACAGCAGUUCAUUGGGUCUGCUAAGAUAUCCGGCGUUGAGUUUAAAGGCUGUGGCCAGGAAGGAUUCUACGAUGAAUAUGAUCCUAGAUAUUCCCUAGCGUUUCUAGGUAUUGGCCCUGUAGUAAAUGAUGGCUCUUAUGUGAAGAACUGCAGUUUUCAUAAAGACUACAGCACCGGCAUUGGAGUAAUUGAUACUCAUGACAUGACCAUUUCUAACAAUGUACUGCAUAGAACUGUAGGCCCAUCCCUCUAUGUAUCAGGAUCUGGUCAUGAGAUUAUUAACAAUCUAGCAGUGGUGGCAGCAUUCCCUGGUACUUAUAGGGUACCCAAUGAGCCAUUCAAUCCUGAAUGGACGGCAAAUUAUGAGUUAUCAAAAGCAAGUGAUAUCGUUCUUAUUGGCAAUGCAGCAGCAGGGGGUGCAAAGGCAGGCUAUCACACCAACGGAGAGAAAUGUGACACUGCCCUAAUAUGGAGAGACAAUGUGGCUCACUCUACACUUCAUGGCAUACACAUGGGAUAUGAGGAUGGUCAGAGUCACUGCUCUGCUUUUUACAAGUUCAAAGUCUACAGUUGUUAUCAUUAUGGCUUCUUCUCCUACUCUCUCUCCGGACUACUCAUAUCAGAGUCUCUCCUUAUCAAUAACUAUGCUGCCGUGUUUGCUGUAGUAAUGGGCCCAGCUUCACUCUCUCAUCAAGUUAGCAAUAAAAGCGUAACCAUAAGGGACACUUGUAUAAUAUCUACAUUUGACCAUGUCAAUUGUACAGAGUAUAGCCACAAGCCAAUCAUUGCUUAUCACCAUACUUCACACUCUGGUAUACAGUCGGCCACUGGGGCACAUGUAGGAGUCAUAAUCCCUUCAUUUGUAUCGGAUCAAGGACAUUUUCCCAAGUUUGCAUGGAAGAGUAUUUCUACGUAUCCAGCAAUCAAUGGACACACUCAACUGAUCAAUGUACUGUUUUAUAACUUUUCCACUCGCUGUGGUGGAAGGACUGAGGCAGCCAUCAUAACUCAACAAUUAUCUGAAGAUUGUCAACAUCCUUUGUCGCUCAAGGGAACUUUAUUUUACUCUGGAUCCAAUGCUUCAAAACUGUACAUUCACAAGCCACAACUUGGCAGCGUUAAUCCAUCAGACUGUGUCGAUAUGGACUGUGACGGUUUGAAAAAGAUUCUAAUAAGAGACACUGAUGGGGUCUUCCUUGGAAGGCAAGGUUUGAGCUCUGUCAUCUCAAAGUCGGAAUAUGAAUGGGAUGGGGACAGUAGACGGGGUUUAGGUGAUUACAGGAUCCCAUAUGCAAUGCUCGGCCUAGCAAGUGGUAAUAAAAUAGAUCCUGAUGUCCUAUACCCUAAAAAAGGAAUAUACCGUGGUAAUGAUGGGGACUGUCAAUGGCACUCAGAUUGGAAUGGCUACCUGUGUGCCGGUAUUGAUCACAUGAUGUUAGUCAUUGAGAGCCUUGAUGCUGAUACUGAGGUACGUCGGCUCUCUCCUGUUGGUGUAGGUUCUUCUGGAUACAUCGAUCUCAUUAACGGCCCUCAGGAUCAAGGCUGGUGUGGCGGCUAUACCUGUCAAGAAAGGAUAUCAACAUUUUAUGCAAUAGUGUCCACUGGGAUCAACUACACUAUUGGACUGACCAGCACUAAUCCACAGAAAACAAACUUCAUUCUUCUCAAUGCAUCAGACUCACAGUCCCUCCUCAUUGCUUAUAUAUACAAUAAUCCUCAGAGACUUGACGUGUACGUUAGAAAUAAUUACAUGAUCCCAACCAAUGGCUACAUGUUGAAUGGUAACCUUCGUUACAGUGGACGGGGAAGCAGUUUUAUACCUAGUCAAACUGAUCCUUCCGGUAGUAAUUAUUAUGAUAGUGGAGAGAAGAAGUUAUACAUAGUAGUAAAAGGUGAUUCACCAGUCACUGUUAUCACUACAAUGGUCAUGCAGCUAGGCCUUCAUACACCACCCCUCACUGUGGAUGAGUUCUUUGAAGAGAACCUGGUACGAAACUUAAGACUCCUCUUUAACAUACCACAGAGUAGAAUACGUAUUGUUAACGUUGUUUCUGAAAGUGGUACACGCAAGAAGAGACAAACAGGUACUGGGACACUGAUUAAUAUAGAGAUAGGGAAUCCUCCAUCUAAUGAGACUGUUAAUGUCACGAGUGCUGGUCCCACACCCAAUGACAAUAUGACUUAUAACUCUUUACUUAGCAUAUCAGAGUCAGUUGGUAUUUCUGUACAGACAGGACAGCUAUCAAAGAGCCUUGGUAUUACUAUUUAUAGUGCAGAUGUGACAGAGCCGAUUCCAAUAGUUGUUGAUCCUACCGGUGGGAGUAGAGCUACCAACGGGACAGGAGGACCACAACCUGGUGACCCAGGGACUGCUAAUCUCACGACAUUUGCUGAGAAGCAACUUGAGGAGGAGCAAAUGAAAGAAAAUACCAGCCAAAGUGUGACAUUACUCAUCCCAAACAGAUUAGCAGUAGUCUCAUUGCCAACCCGCGGCACUGAAGGUGUUCCAUUGGAAACUAUUGAAGUUGUAAUGUAUGAUACAUCUGGGAGUAUUAUCCCUACUCUGGGUGUAGCUUCAUUCCCAUGGAUACUAACUGCAUUCAUUGUGUCUCCAAACUCAGUUACAUUUUUGAUUAAUAAUUCCUCUUCGAUAGGCAAUGGUCAGGCUUUUUUCAACGACCUCAUAUUCAGUCAUCAAGGUAGCUAUGAGAUUGGAUUUAAUAUAACUUAUCCAUCAAUUGUCAGCUACACAGCGACCAGCAGUAGCUCAAUAUUUAUUGGAAGGAGAAGCCUUUAUCUCAAUGUAGCCACACAGCCUCCUUCUAUAGCUAACACUACAUUCCCACUACCACACAAUGUCAGUGUUCAGGUACUUGAUUUAAGCAUUAAUACUGUAGCUAUGAACCUAGGAUGGAGGGGAAGAGAUUGGCUCAUGUCUGCAUCAAUUGUUUCACAAACAAAAGGGACAGUGGAGCAGGUCCUUCCUAAUGCUAGAAUCACUAAUGGAGUUGCUACAUUUUCAGGCAUCCACAUACACUCUGCUGGCUCUUAUGUAAUCCGGUUCAUGACUAGCACAGACCCUCAGUCUCCUUCUGAAGAGCUGCCUCCAUCACUUGACAGUAGAGUCAUUACUGUCCAUGACUAUCCCCUCACGAGAUACAUCAUAACAUACAGUAAUGAGUACUCGCUAGUGACUGGAAGGGAAGCAGAAUUUAUUCAAGAGCUGACAGCUCGCGUUCAAGCCUCUUCUUCCUCUGUAUUUGUGUACAAUGGAACUGUGAGAGAGGGAAGCAUCAGAGCUGGGCUCUUUGUUACUAGCACAGACCUUCGUGCACUUCAUGAUUUUAAUAGUAAUAUUGGCUCUCUCUCUUCGCUCUCAUUCACAUUCAACAAUCAAGCACUCCGCCUCGUCUCUGUUGUACAAGAUCCUGAUUACCCCAUUCCACCGUUGCCAACAGAAGCAACAGAGCCAUCAUCUCCAGUACUCAUACUUGCUAUAGUGAUGAGCUUAUUGGGGUUCAUCGUCAUCAUUGGUCUAAUAGUGGGUCUCAUUGGAGCCUGCGUCUGCCAUCAUUUUAGCAAACGUAACAUAUCCCCUACAAAUAGGGUACGAGUCAAGCCUGCUUUUAUUAACUACGAGAUUUAUUCUAAUCAAUCCAAUACAGAUGAGAUAAAUUACACUGGAACUGAGCUAAGGCUUUUAUCUGCUACUUCUUCAAAAACAAGUGGUCCUGAGUACGAUCAGAGACCUAGUAUCAGUAGUACUGCUAGAGAAAAUAGCCCACUGUCUCAUGACGUAGUUCCUAGUCAUCCUCAUUCUGCUGGUCGCAGGAUGUACUGAUUAUAAUAAUAAUUGACUAUUAUUGAUAAUUAUUAUUGUUGAUUUCUUGAUAGAUUUUUGUUAGCUAAUUAUCAUAGAAAGAUUUUGUUUUAGGAAUAGUUUUUGAAAAUAA